AUGGCGUCGCUCCAUCUCCCGCAUUUCCUGCCUCACCAUCUCCGGCGUAAUCAUUUCCCCGCCGAAUAUCGAAGGAACCGAAGCAGAUGUUGUUUGUCUCCGGCAACGAAUGUAGAUUCCACGGCGGUUGUGUGGUUCAAGCAUGACCUUCGUGUUGAUGAUCAUCCUGGUUUACUCUCCGCGUCCAAGUAUAAAGCUGUCGUACCUCUCUACGUCCUCGAUCGCCGUAUUCUAUCUCGAUACACAACGGAGACCCUUGAACUAGCUAUUAUAGCCUUGGAAGAGCUGCGAAAUUCCUUGAAGAAGCAAGGAUCUAAUCUUAUGCUCAGAUACGGGAAAGCAGAAAAUGUCAUUCAAGAUCUUGUCAAAGAGGUCCGAGCACCCUUUGUCUUUGUGGAAGACGAAGUAGAAUAUCAUCUCUGUGAGGUUUUGGAUGCUGUUAAGAAAAAAGUGGAAGGCGUUUCUUUUCCUGGAGAUUCACCGAAGAUUGUUGUUUGGCGAACUCCUUUCUAUGAGACCCAAGAUUUGACGGAUCUGCCACAAUCAUGGGAAGAGUUUAAGAAACUAAAGCUGCCUCUCACACUGCCAGUUCCUGCAGCAAGAUUUUCAUCUCCAGGAAGUGAAUUGCAGUGGGGUUCUGUGCCAACGCUCGGUGACCUGAAGGACUACAUGAAGGAAAGCUUAUGUGAAAAAGAAAACAGUUGGAGGGAAAUUGCUCAGGCAUCUGUCGAAAGAGUAUUAAUGGAAAAGCUUGGUAAUUUGAAGGGGAGCCGUAUGAAUCCAAUCGUUGAGGGAAGUUUAGGGAAGAAGGUGCAAAACUCUGCGUUUGUCACAAGAAAAAGAGAUACUGUUGGAGGUGGAACUGAGGUUGUACUGAAUGCCCUAGCAGGAUACUUGAGGUACUUGGAGGGUACAAGUCGAGAUGACUGGCAAGAGGUUCAUGCAAGGCUUCGUGAUGCUGAGGGUAGGCCCGGAGCUUCGUUUUUCAAACUUUUUGGACCUAUCCUGUGUCUUGGUAUUGUAUCAAGAAGAAGGGUUCACUACGAAGCAAUCGAGUACGAAAAAGAAAGGAAUGCUGGGUUUAUCUCUCCGUUUGGGUAUUCAGCUGCUACAGUAUCUGCUGCAACUGAUGCUGUCUGCUCUAUGGAGUGGUAUUCACUUGUGGCUCUAAAUAGAGAGAAGGUUGGUAAAAAAAGGCACUCUAUAAGGAUUUGGAGAUGGAAGGGCUAUCUUAUUCAGUACACAAUGGUUGGCAAUGAAGGCCCUGCCGUUCUACUUGUGCAUGGUUUUGGUGCUUUUCUAGAACAUUACCGCGACAACGUAGACAGCAUCGUAAACAGCAAAAACAGAGUAUGGACCAUCACAGUCUUGGGUUUUGGAAAAUCAGAGAAGCCGAACAUCGUUUACACCGAGAUUUUAUGGGCUGAAUUGCUGCGGGAUUUUAUGAUUGAAGUAGUUGGCGAACCAGCACAUUGCGUAGGGAACUCCAUCGGUGGGUAUUUUGUUGCAUUGAUGGCCUUUCUUUGGCCUUCCUUGGUUAAGUCCGUUGUCCUUGUUAACAGUGCUGGCAAUGUGAUACCUGGAUACUCUCCUCUCCUAAUCUCUAGAGAAAGGCGAGUUCCAUUUGGCGCAAAGCUGGGUGCUCGUCUUCUUCUCUUGUUCCUACAGUUCAAUGUCAAAAAGCUAUUAAAGGAUUGUUAUCCAGUUAAACCUGAGAGAGCUGAUGAUUUUCUGAUCACUGAAAUGCUAAGAGCAUCCCGAGACCCCGGUGUAGUUAUGGUCUUGGAAAGUAUCUUUGGCUUUGAUCUUUCGCUUCCUUUGAACUAUCUCCUCAAAGGGUUCGAGGGAAAAACUCUAGUGAUUCAGGGAAUGAAAGAUCCCAUAUCGGAUCCGCAGAAGAAAGUGGCCUUAUUGAAGGAGCUUUGUCCAGCGAUGGUGAUUAAGAAAGUUAACGCAGGUCACUGUCCCCACGAUGAGAUCCCAGAGGAGGUGAAUCCUAUUAUCAGCGAAUGGAUAGCGAAGGUCGAUAAUAAUGAUGAACAAACACUAAAAGCCUCAUCAUCCAAGCAAAUUUACCAAAGUAAUAAACAGGGCUAA